CAAGUGCACUUGUUUGUGUAUACAACUGCUAUAUCCAUGGGGUAGACGUUUUCUUCAGAUCCGCUGAACCUUGACGGAAUGGAGAAAAAAAUAGCAAUAGAGUGGAAGCUGUGCCUUUUAUGCAUUUGCCAGCAUGCGAUAUUUUUAGACUGGUCUAUGUGGGUAUAACGUCAGAAUGGAAUCAGUUUGUUAGAAGUUUUGGUGUUCAUGUACAUGUACAUUGUACCGUGCGUGCCCAUGAACUCAGUUGAGACUGAGAGGGCACCUUUCAUACAAUGGCUGCCCUUUGGACUGACAUCAAAUGAUGAGUGGUGAAGUGGUGACAUGUGCCCUUUGCGGAUUAAGGUCCAUGUCGGCCCUUCCUCACACCUGCCAACUUUUGUCUGUAUAGCACAAGGAACAGGACACACCCUGAAAAGUGGGCCAGGUCAUUGGUGGGUAAGGGCCACCGAGUCUGCUUUGCGUGUCAGUAUGUGAGACAUUGAGGUAUAUGAAGGCCAUCCUUGGAAAUGCAAGUGACUUUACACUAAGUCACCUUCAUUUAACACAUCCUGGACAUAAUGAUGGAUCACCCCUUCCUGUCCGCCAGUGUGUAUAGUGAGCAAAUGUUUCACAUGACUUGAUAUGAGAAAGGUCGGACACCACAUGCAAUGGUUGGGUACAGUAAUUGUUGGUGGCGAAUAUACAUGUAGAUGAGGCGUCGUAAUAAAUCCUGCAUGGGUCGUGGCGUCGGUUCACUCGGAUGAGCUGAUGACGAUGAUGUCUUCAGAUCUUGGGGGAUCGCGGGCGUCGGUGUGAUGUUCUCAUCUCGGCAUGGCAUCCGCAUUGGUGGCCCGCCUACCCAUAGUUCUGGCCAUUUACCUCUCCUUGUGGCUGGUGUCAGCUAAUGAGGGAAGCGUUCCAGUAUGGACAUGGUUGGAUGGCUCGAGGCUGGUUAAUCAGCCUAGCACUCUAACGGCUGGUAACCAGUAUCCUGGCUGCAGGGCCCAUAGCGGGAUAUGGACACACCCCACCGCUGGACUUUUCUGGAUGUUUGGUGGGCAAGAGGGCAGUGGAACCCCACUCAACGAUCUCUGGCUGUACGACAUGCCCUCGCAGGAAUGGACUAACGUCCGGCGGGGGAAGGAGCAAGCUUGGCCGGGACCGCGAUAUGGUGCAGCCGUGUGCGGAGUAGCCGGCUCGUCGGUCGUGGUCUACGGAGGGGCCCGGUCUGCAGAGAAUCUCCUGAGUGACACCUGGCUGUACCACUUACACAACGAGUCAUGGGUGCUGUUGACGGAGAGCUUGCAGCCCGACGUGAGAACCAACAUGGCGCACUGGUGCACCCACGAUUCCUUGUGGAUUUACAGAGGCGUGACCUCUGACCUUGCAACUCCACCGACAAUGUGGAAGUUUACAUUUGAGAGCUACGAGUGGACAGAGGUAGGUGCUCCCAUUGCUAGAGGAAAGAAUCAAGAGGAAAUGAUUGAUUUUGGACAUUGGAAAACUGCAACCUGGGUAUUAAAUGACACCCAGCUCUAUUUUUUAGGAGGAAAGCCCUCUGGACCAGAUAAAGCCUGUCGAGGAAAAAGUAGCACCGUCAAGAACAAGUGUGAUUUGUGGAGGUACUCUACAAUUACAAAUGAGUGGGAGCAUGUGAACAUGGAUGCAGCAGUAAGUAAAGGGAGGACUGAUAAUGGCGUGGCUGGGGUCAGCCAACAGCCCAGCUGCCCGGUCCAGCCAGCAUUCUGGUCGGAUGCUGAUAGUAAUCUGUGGUUAUUGGACAGUGAUGAUGGGAGUAUUGGCACCUGCGGGAAGACGUCCCCCACCCACUCCAACCUGUGGAUGCUGGACCUCAGGCUGAUGAGGUGGAUGAACUUUCAGGAGUCCGCGAGUCCACCCGGCCGAGAUUUCCAAGAGUGGACAGCAGAACCCCAGGGCCAACCACCACCGCGUGCCUACUGUGCCAGCUGGGCCUGGAACAGCACCUACUACCUGUUUGGAGGGCUCACCAGGAAUGGGUCGGUGGGGGCCCUGAAUGACUUGUGGGAUUUCCGGCUGUUGGAAGCAGAAAGCCUUCGCUCGGCACCCACCACCUCUCUGGCUGUUCCCCCCGUAGCCGUGUUUUUCCUGAGCCUGGGUGCCCUGGGCAUCUUGUCAUUGUUUGUCUUCGGCGUCAUAUUCUUCACCAAAUGCUCGUCAGGACCCAGAUUAAAACCGCCUAAUCACUUCGGGGACAAGAUCCGCUAUUCCCCAGUGGAGAUGGAUGAAGUUUUCAUCACAUGAUAUUCGACGCGACAGGAGCUGCAAUAAAAUUUGUCCUCCCACACCGGAAGAAUUACGAGUGAAAGCAAGGCUGCCUGCUGCCAUGCGAUUGGCCAUUUAUUUAAUCAUGCUGAAAUUUUGAAGUUUGGUAGUCAAGUACCCGUACAUUUCCAUGAGUACAAGUAAAAGCUUAAUAUGAUUUAUGAGUCCUUUGUGAUGAGUAUCAUAUAUGAAGACAUGGCAAAUGUGUUCAUGCAUGAAGUACAUGUACUUCAAAUCAAUCUGAAUACAUUUUGACAAGCACCGGUACAUGUACAUGUAUGUGUACACAUAUAAGUUACUAAGAGGUUAAUGAGUGUGAUUUUGAGAACCAGUAUUGCACAUUGCCUGAAUAAAAUCCCCGUAAGCUGAGUGGUGGAGUGCUGAACUCAUUUCACAAUUUUUUCUUUUUUUUACCUUGACCCAUGGCAUGGCCUUGCCACAAAAAAAAACCCAAAACAGAUGUUCCACUCUACCAGUGAAUGAAAGUUCUGUCGCUUGGUCUCAAAAACAGUUUCUCGUAGGAGAGUCAAAGGUUUAUUCAGAUGGUGCAUACAACAAAAUGUAAUGAAGAAAUCAUAGCUAUGCACUGGAAAGAGUCAUUUAAUUCAGUCACAGAUGAAAUGUACAUGAACCAUUUCACUCGGCUUGUCAGCUCCCAUCUGACACCACAUGGAAUAAUUCGUACCAUUGCACUCACCGAAACCACAGCACUGUGGAAUGUGGUUCAGGGCAGGAUCUCCCUUGGUAGCAAUGUUAUGGUAGGUCAGAUUUAGGGAAAAGAAAGUGACCUUUGCCACCUGGAAUGAAUCAUGAAUUCUGAAUGAUGUGAACAGUCAGUCAUGCUAUGGUACAUGUACAUGUAGUUUGGAUUUAUCUGCCCUGUCACAUUGCAUUGCAGCCUAGCAUGAUUGAAUGGGAACUUAUUUUUAGAACUUAAAUUUGUAGAUUAAUCUGAUAAACUUACAACUGCAGUAUACAUGUAAGUUGCAAUAUUUACUGAAGGACAAAACAUUCAAGUCUCAAAACACCCUUUACCUCUUGUCUUUCAAGUGCUAGCAAAAUUGAACUCACAGUGAAACACAAUCAUGACAAUGUACAUAUGUACAUGUACCUGCAGUGUGGAACACUGCCCCCCCCCCAAGUAAAGUGUGUAUACACAACAAUUCACAUCACGGUAAGAGUUCUUUCACUCUUGCAUGACUUGUGAUGUACAUCCAUACAGGUACAUUUGUACAUGUACAAGUACAUUUUCCUUCAUAUGGGUAGGCCUCCCCCAAUUUACAUGUACAUAAGGGGACAAGUUCUUUUGUUGGGAAAUUUGUGGAGACCAAGUUGUGGGGAUGAAAAUCUAUCGCCCCACCCCCCAUACAUGUACCUGUACAAUGUCUGUACAUGUAAAUUACAUGUACACGUACAAUGAUUCCUAUAUGCGCAUGUACAUGUACGUACUGUACAUGUACAUCAUGGAAGUAGGAUUUCUACAUACACGGAGCGGUACAGCUGUAUAUGUUUGAACGCUCGUGUAGACCCCACCACUACAUGUACAUGUCAUGUAUGGCCACAAUGGAGCAAGUAUGGAUGCACACACCGUACCUAUGGCCAUGCUUUAUUUCUUACAUUCACCCAGCCCCAUUCCUCAAAGAUUAUUUUUGUAUGUUUAUAUUUGUACAUGUACAUGCAGGUAACUGUAUGAAAGUAGACACAGAACUCAUACUUAUUAAUAAAUCAAGUUGUGAAGCUGUAGUAUUCUAUGUUAUAUGCAGAACACAUGUACACGUGUCACUGUCAGAAUUAAACUGUGCUUACAAACUGACACAGGUACAUGUAGAAGUUUGCGCACAAGCUGUUGGGACUUAUGACUCCUGAGAAAUUAUGAAUCAUUAUAGUAUUAUUUGGUGAAAACAGAAAUGUUCUUAAUGUGAGAUUUACAACACUGUGACUUUUUUAUUGGCAAUUGGAUGAAAUCUCAAAUUGAAGGAGUGAUGAACGUAUACAUGUAGAGGUAUUUCAGCUUUAUUUUAGUGUAGGCCUACUAUGAAUAUUAUAAACGAGGGUUCCCGCAGUCACGGAAAAUCUUGCAAAUCCUGGGAAAAAAGUGAUCCUGGAAAGUCAUGGGAAAAUUAUAAUACCUAACAACCUUUCUUUGCAAAAUGAUGUUAAAAUUAUGGAAAUUGUCAUAUUUUGAUCCCGGAAAGUACCGAUACUGGAAAAGUCAUGAAUUUUGAUUUUCAGAUUUUCAGAUAAAAUAAGGGGGUGUGCAUGUACAUGUAUUAAAAUGGUCGUUUUUUUUUUCCAUGUUCCGGACAUGAAAGUUAUCGGAAGCACAUUUUCUCAUUUCAGAUGGUGAUUUUGAAAAGGGCUAACUUCAACUUUUUCCAUGUAAGUUUUUAGAAGUUCUUGGUGUCUGGGAGAUGUUUUUCUUUUUUGGGGUUUUUGUUUGUUUGUUUGUUUGUUUGUUUUUUUGGCUGUUGUGUGAGGAUUUUCCUCUUGCCUACCGGUACUUUAGACAGGAAAGUGGUGUUAAUCCACUCCAAGAACUGGAUGAAAUACCAGCCAUCUGAAUGAGAGCCAUGAAGGACAGUGAACAACUAAUCAAUGUUCAUGAAUAAGCCUCUUGUUAGUUAAAUUGGAAUAAAAUCUGGUACACUGAGUUACAUCUGAUUGCACAUAAACAUAACGAUUUGAAAUCCCCUGUUGC